UUUGUGUUAGUUCGUUUAAGAAUGAAUGGAAAAUUGCUCCUGGUGGUGUUGCUAACAGUUUUCGCAAAUUCGCAAGCAUAUUACUAUCAAGACAAAAUUGAUUAUUAUGUGCAGUUGAUAACAAAUGCGUUUCGUAACGCUUUAACCAAUGUGUUGCCUACGGAUUCGUACCAGUAUUUUUCCGGUGAAGUCAGAAGAAAUUAUGGGAGUUUUGACUUUGUGGUCAUUGGAGCUGGUGCAGCUGGUUCAGUGGUAGCUAAUCGUCUGAGUGAAGUCGAGGAUUGGAGCGUUCUUGUUCUUGAAGCCGGCGGAUAUGGAAAUGAUUUUUCCGACAUUCCUGAUAUGUAUUGGCCAAUAGAGUUCACGCGUUUCAACUGGGGUUAUAACAGCACUCCUCAGAGAACCGCUUGCUUAGGUUUGAUAGACCAGGAAUGCUUCUACCCUCGAGGUCGCGGUGUUGGUGGUUCCACCCUAAUCAACGGCCUUAUCUACUCCCGCGGCCACAAAACCGACUUCGACUACUGGGGCCAGCUCGUCGGAAACUCCCGCUGGUCCUACCCAAGUGUCCUCCAAUACUUCAAAAAGUCGGAAAACUUCGUUUACCGCGACUACACCCAACCUUACGAGCCCGAAUACCACGGCACUGGGGGUUAUUGGCAAGUGGAACACCACUUACCCCGAAGUCCCCAACUGGACGUGUUUCUGGAAGCCAACAGAGAAAUGGGUUUGGGAGUUGCUGAUUACAACGCCAACAGAUUAGGCGCCUCAAGUGCCCAACUCAACACAGCUUUUGGUACCCGAAUGGACACAGGGAAAGCCUUCAUCCGGUCUGUUUUAAACCGUCCAAACUUGAAAGUUCUCACUGGGAGUUUCGUCACGAGAAUUGUCAUUGAUAAAUUCACUCGUUCAGCGAUUGGAGUUGAGUUCACUCACGGAGGGAGGAAUUAUUUCGUGAGGGCGAAAAAAGAGGUGGUUUUGUCAGCGGGGGUGUUCAACACGCCGCAACUCCUGAUGUUGUCCGGGAUUGGGCCUGGGUACCACUUGCAGGACUUGGGGAUUGAAGUUGUUCAAGAUUUGGAAGUUGGGAGUACUCUCUUGGAUAAUCCCACGUUUUAUGGAGUUGCAUUCCGGACGAAUUACACCGAACCGAUUGAACCUUUAGAGGAUUAUAUUCAACAGUAUUUUAGAGGAGUUGGUCCUUUAGCAAUUCCGGGGAAUAACCAAGGAGUGGGUUUUUACGAAUCAAGCUACACCAGAGGUACCGGAAUUCCGGAUCUUGAAUUUAUGUUUAUCCCAGCCGUCGCCUCGACUGUUUUACAACAAAGAGCCUUCAGAUUAACCGACCAAACGUACGAUGAUGUGUAUCGGUACCAAGACGUGGGUAGUACCUUCGCAGUUUAUGUCAUAACCUUACACUCAAAAUCGAGUGGAACUGUUCGACUUAGGAGCAAAGAUCCCUUUCAAUUCCCUCUAAUCGACGCAAAUUUCCUCUCAGAUCCCGAAAAUAAAGACAUAAAUGUGCUCUACGAAGGAGUGGAAUUGCUUAUGCAGAUGUCCCAAACUCGAGCUUUCAGAUCCAUGGAUGCGACUUUAGCUGGUGGUCAAUUGACGGCUUGUAGUCACUACCAGUUUUUGAGUCGGGAGUAUUGGUAUUGUGCCAUACGACAACUUACCAUAAAUGUGUAUCAUCCAUUGGGUUCAUGUCCCAUGGGACGAAAUCCCAGAGAGGGGGCUGUCGUGGAUUCGGAAUUGAAGGUUUUUGGGAUAAAGAAGUUGAGAGUCGCUGAUGCAAGUGUUUUUCCUUUUGCUUUGGCGGGACAUCCCACUGCACCUGCUGUUAUGGUUGGAGAACAAAUGGGCGAUAUACUUAAGGAAAAGUAUAAGAAUAAUGACGAUUAUGAUGUUUUUCUUGACUAUUUUUGAAAUUGUAGUGUGUAGCUAUUUAUCUCUAAUAAAAAUUUCUAGUCAAAGUA